ACAAGUUGAACGAAUAGAAGCUUUUGAGAACACUGCUCAAUUAGCAGCAAAAAAUCAGGGAUUUGCCUUCUCAAGAAAAGAUAGUAAUCUUACUGGACGCAAUGGAAAAUCCCCUUUUGUUGUUCUGCAAUGCACUAAAGAGGAGACUCGUAAGAGAAAGAAAAAGACUAGGCGUGAAGAUUGUUCUGUAUAUAUUAGAGCCACUGCAACAAAAUGUCAAUCUACUGCAGAUGUUUUAAAUACUGAAAUAAAGUGGAUCGUCACGAAAGUGGUACUUGAGCAUAAUCAUACCAAGCUUAAAUUGGAUGAAGUUGUAACUUUCCCUCAGCACCAUGCUAUGAAUCUACGCCAGAAAAUUCUUGUACAACAGCUGCAUGAUAGUAAUGCACCUACUUGUGUAAUUACAACAGCCAUUAACAAGAUUAGUAAUGGUGGAAUGAUUCUCUCAAAAGAUAUAGUAAAUAAACAUGCUCGUAUUAGACUCGCUUUAAAUGAAGGUUAUAAUAAUGAUUCCACUCAAACAUUACUAAAACUUCUUGAAGAGCGUAAUUAUGUAGUUGUGCCUCAUAAAACGGUAAAAGGGUAUUUAACUCACCUUUUCUUUUUUCAUAUCGAAGCUGCUAAGUGUGUUGCAAAGUGUCCCGAAGUCUUAAUUGUGGACUCUACAUAUAGAACAAAUAUUUAUAAAUAUUCACUUGUUAGUGUGGUUGGUAUUAAUAAUAUUAGUAAUGAGAAAGGUGUUUUAGCAACUUAUCAAAUCGCAAUGGCCUGGAUUGAAGAUGAAAGCGAAGCAUCAUACACAUGGUUCCUUCAAACACUUCGUACCAAAAUUUAUGAUAUCUAUGGGUGCUUACCAGAAGUCUUUAUGUCUGACAGAGACCAAGCAUUAAGAAAUGCCUCAUCCAAAGUAUUUCCAACAUUGGAUAAAAUGUUAUGUGUUUGGCAUCUUCUGGAACAAAACUUAAAAGUUAAUUGUCAAAAACUUUUUAAAAAUGAUGAUGAUUAUGAGGUAUUCAAAAAGGAGGUUGAAGCUUUACAGUUUACAGAAAUUGAAGAAGAGAUUCCUCAGUCCUUUGAUGCAGUUAAAAAGACUGCAAGAAAAGCAAAUUCUCCUGAAAAAAUAGUAUCAUAUAUACAAACGUGGAUGAAAGAUUCAAGGAUUGCAUUUAAACAAUCAAUCAAAACUGCUGGUAAUUUGGAAAGUGUAUUUCAUCAGAUUGAUCAGGCAAUGCGUUCCCAACAUUUAAAGGCAGCAAUAAGUACAGAUUCUGACAAAGUAGUUAUUGAUCCAUUUACUCUUCAUAAUCCUAGAUUUAGUGAACUCAUUGGAAAUGUAUCAACAUGGGCAAUUGAACAUAUAAAAAGAACAUUACAAAAAAAACAAAUCUCAUACAAAAAUACCGAUGAUUGUGAGUGCUUAACUAAAAUUAAUUACAAGUUAUCUUGCCAACAUAUAAUCCCAAUGAAUGGCCCAAUUCCUCUAUCAAUAAUUAACAAGAGGUGGCUUCUCGAGAGGCCAGAUAUUAUAGAAAUUCUACUCCCUUCGAAGUCUAUUGACUCUGAAUUUUAUAAUUCGUUUAUUAAUGCUGAAGAAAGAUUUCAGCAAUUGCCAGACAAUAUUGCUAAAGCUGAAUUUAUUACAAGAAUUUGUCAAGCAACAAACAUACCAUUAUUUGAGCCUAUCAAGCUACCACAGAAAGCUGUACCCAAAUCAAGCACUAAACGUGGAUCACUUCAAAGUGAACGUCAAGAUUCUGCUGCCAAAAAAAAGAAAAGAAUGCUGGACAACAUUACAAAACUUAAAAACAAAACUAUCCAGCAACACGAUAUAUCUAUAAAACAGACUUUUAUAAUGUCACAACCUUCUGAUUAUAAGUUAUAUCAGGCAAAUCUUCCAAAAUUUAUGCAUGCACAUGUUUUAGCAUAUAAUGAUGUAACAGGAGAUGGUAAUUGUGAUUUUCGUACUGUUGCUAUAUCAAUCGGAAAACCUGAAGACUACUGGCCUGAGCUGUUUUUGGAAAAAGAAAAAGAAUAUAAUGAAAUAUUAUUUAUAACACAAUGGAAUGCUGGUCCCUAUAAUAAAGAUUAUUGGAUGUCAAUGCCAUCUUUUGGAUAUGCUAUUGCUAACACUUUUCAAUGA